UCCUCCCCCUCCGGUCGCCAUGGUUACCGCCUUCAGAUUCUGGGGUUGCCAUGGUGACGGUCAGAGAUGAUGAUUGAAGGCUUUGAUCUUUCUGCUUAUUUACUGUAUCUGAUCGAUGCGGUCGAUCAGCUGAUCAGCAUCUCUGAUCGAUAACCCGUCGGUGACGUCAUUCUGUUUCCUUUUUCUGGGGGAAGUCGGGGAGAGAAUCUGCUGAUCAGCCAGUCUGAGCCCGUCCGUCCUCCGUCCGUCUGCGGGCUGCUCUCCUCUCUCCGACCGCAGCAGCGAUGCUCUGACCGGCCUCGGAGCUCCGUCUGCGGGCAGCCAGUAGAUCUGCGGGUCGGUGCGGCUCCAUUCUCUCCGUCAUGGUGCAGAAAUCCCGGAACGGCGGGGUGUUCCCCGGAGCGGAGGCCGACCAGAAGAAGAUGAAGGUCGGCUUUGUGGGUCUGGAGGCCGGAGGGACCGAGUCCAGCCGGGACGGAGCCCUACUGAUCGCAGGUGGGGAUGAUGGUCCUCGGCGGCAGCGCAGCAGCGUCUCCGGAGGAAAGAAACCUCCCAAACGGAACGCUCUCUACAGACGCCUGCAGAACUUUCUGUACAACGUGCUGGAGAGACCUCGAGGAUGGGCCUUCAUCUACCACGCCUACGUGUUCCUGCUGGUGUUCUCCUGCCUGGUUCUGUCGGUGUUCUCCACCAUCAGAGAGUAUGAGAAGAGCUCUGAGGACGCCCUCUACAUCCUGGAGGUGGUGACCAUCGUGGUGUUCGGGGUGGAGUACAUGGUGAGGAUCUGGGCUGCCGGAUGCUGCUGCAGAUACCGAGGAUGGAGAGGAAGACUCAAGUUCGCCAGGAAACCUUUCUGUGUCAUCGACAUCAUGGUUCUGAUAGCGUCCAUCUCGGUUCUGGCGGCAGGGACUCAGGGGAACGUCUUCGCCACGUCGGCCAUCAGGUCCCUUCGGUUCCUUCAGAUUCUGAGGAUGAUCCGGAUGGACCGACGGGGAGGAACCUGGAAGCUGCUGGGCUCGGUGGUCUACGCCCACAGCAAGGAACUGAUCACCGCCUGGUACAUUGGCUUCCUGUGCCUCAUUCUGGCAAGUUUCCUCGUUUAUUUGGCUGAAAAGGAAGAUAACGAACAGUUUGAGACAUACGCCGACGCCCUCUGGUGGGGACUGAUCACCUUGACGACCAUCGGUUACGGAGACAAGUUCCCCAUCACCUGGAAUGGACGGCUGCUAGCAGCAACCUUCACUCUGAUCGGAGUUUCAUUCUUCGCUCUGCCGGCUGGUAUCCUGGGUUCUGGUUUUGCUUUGAAGGUUCAGGAGCAGCACCGACAAAAACACUUUGAGAAGAGAAGGAAUCCAGCAGCGGGACUUAUACAGGCAGCUUGGAGGGUUUACGCCACCAACCUGACCCGGACCGACCUGACCUCCACCUGGGACUACUACGAGAGGACGGUGUCGGUGCCCAUGUACAGGCUGAUUCCUCCUCUCAAUCAGCUAGACCUCCUGAGGAACCUCAAGAACAAAUCAGGACUCUCGUUCAGGAAGGACGUCCAGCCGGAACCGUCUCCAGGGCAGAAGGUCAGUCUGAAGGAGAGGGUCUUCUCAUCUCCUCGCAGUUCAGGAACCAAAGGCAAAGGUUCUCCUCAGCACGUUGGACCCGGUGUUGCUCCUGGAGUCAGUCCUGGUCCAGGGGUCGGUCCAGGGGUCCCAGGAGGUCUGGCGGGGGUCCAGGCCCUUCGUCGGUCCCCCAGCAUGGAGCCCAGUCUGGAGGAGAGUCCCAGCAAGGUUCCAAAGAGCUGGAGCUUCGGAGAACGCAGCAGAACCAGACAGGCUUUCAGGAUCCGUGGAGCUGCUUCCCGCCAGAACUCUGAAGUGCUGAUAGAGAUGCAGGAUGAAGAGUUCAGACAGAAGAGCUCCCCAGAGGCCAGCCUGCCAGGGGAAGACAUGGCUGACGACAAUAAGAGCUGCCACUGCGAGUUCGUCCCUCAGGACCUGACACCGGGGUUAAAGGUCACCAUCAGAGCCAUCUGCAUCAUGCGCUUCAUGGUCUCUAAGAGGAAGUUUAAGGAGAGUCUCCGUCCCUACGAUGUCAUGGAUGUGAUAGAACAGUAUUCAGCCGGACACCUGGACAUGCUGGCUCGCAUCAAGAACCUCCAGUCCAGAGUGGAUCAGAUAGUCGGCAGAGGAGCACCAAUCACAGACAAGGACCGUCCUAAAGCAGCCAAUGAGGAGCUACCUGAGGACCCGAGCAUGAUGGGACGGCUGGGGAAAGUGGAGAAGCAGGUUCUGUCCAUGGAGAGGAAGCUGGACUUCCUGGUCAACAUCUACAUCCAGCGAAUGGGAAUCCCUCAGGCUGAGACCGAUGCCUACUUUGGAUCCAAAGAACCAGACCCGGCACCACCGUACCACAGUCCAGUGGACCAGCUGGAGAAGAGCCAGUCCAUCUCCAAGAUCAUGCAGGUGCUACCCGGUGACUACCCAGAGAAGACCCGGUUCGUGACCAAGAUGGUCCGCUCCAGCAGUUCCACCGGACACAGGAACCACAGUGCCCCCUCCUGCCCGCCCUCCACUUCCUGGCAGCCAAUCAGCUCCCAGCUCCAGCAGCAGGCCCCGCCCCCUCCCCAGCGUAGCCAUGGUAACACUCCGAGUCCGAUGGGGGAUGGCUCUCUGGUCCGACUGCCCCCUCCUCCGGCCGGAGAGCGGCAUGGCGGGAACCGAUCGAACCGGCACAGCACCGGAGAACAAGGCGGGACAGACCGACCGGAGAGGGGGGAGGGGGGGAGUAACAGGACCAGGGGAGGGGAGGGAGGGGGGGAGGAGGUGAAGCCCGACAGCGACGCCUCCAUCUCCAUCCCGUCGGUGGACCACGAGGAGCUGGAACGUUCCUUCAGCGGGUUCUCCAUCUCCCAGUCAAGAGAGAACCUGGACUUCCUCAACAACGGGUUCUACGCCGCAGGCAGCCGCGGCGGUGGCGGCACCGCCCGCUGCGCCACUGUGCGACCGUACAUCGCAGAGGGGGAGUCGGACUCUGAUUCCGAGCUCUGCGUCCCUUCACCGCACUCGGACCGGGCCUGGACUGGAACCAAGUAGAGCCGAAGGUCCAGAACUCAACCAGCAGAACAAUAAAGAACACGUGAAACUAAAACCUGUCUCAGACUCUAAACACCAGCUGGAGUGAAGCAUCAUGGAAACCGAUGGCACUCAGCAGCCGUCCUGUGAUUGGUCUGAAUGUUUGAAUCUGUACAGCUAAUGUUUGUCCUCACCGUCAUCAAUUGGUUCACUGCUGGGACACGGUCUUCCCUGAUUGGCUGCUUGUUUCCAUGUAGAUGCACUAUAACCACUGCUAUCCCUGUUCCAUUUAUUUAUUGGGUCUUAAGGAAGUUCACACUACGCAAGCAAGCAACAUGUAUGACACGCACAUCGCCACGCCAACAGAUGCUGGUGCUGUCACAAGCACAGACUCACCUGAGCUUUCAGGUGAAUCCUGGUCUUCUGCAGGUAACUCAUCUGAGGUCAUCUUCUGUCAGCAGCUUCUUUGUUUUUCUUCUAAAACGAACAAACAUCCCAUAAUGUUCAUGUACAGGACACAGUUACACAGCAGGAAAUAGGGCUCUGAAAUAUCAGCACAAUGAUUCCAGCUGUAUCACCUGUAAUUAGAAUACUUCUCCAGCAGAGCAUCUGUUCUGAUGUCACAUUAAAACCUUUAGAUUCCAGAAAUUAAACCACCCAGCUUUCAUUUCUUCAGUCAUCAUACCACCACCUCCAUGCUUCACUGUCAGGACUCUGCAUCCACUGUGGUAGUCCUGGUCAGGUUCUCACCAAAUGUCUGGACUCCAUCUGAGCCCAACUCAUUGAUCUUCAUCUGACCACAGAAUGUCCUCCAACAUCCAUCAGGCUUCUUCUCAGGUUCUUCAGCAAAUUUUCAUCUGGAAGUUUAAUUCUGAGCAGCAACCAAGUUUAGUUCUGGUCCUCUGUCCAUAGAGGUUGAUGUUCUGGUACUAUGACUUCUUCUAUACCUCCUUAUUAGUGGUACUAUGACUCCUUCUAUACCUCCUUAUUACUGGUACUAUGACUCCUUCUAUACCUCCUUAUUAGUGGUACUAUGACUCCUUCUAGACCUCCUGAUUAGUGGUACUAUGACUCCUUCUAGACCUCCUGAUUAGUGGUACUAUGACUCCUUCUAGACCUCCUGAUUAGUGGUACUAUGACUCCUUCUAGACCUCCUGAUUAGUGGUACUAGGACUCCUUCUAGUUGCUCACUGAUCUUCCUGGAUCUUUUUCCAUCUUUUUCGAGUCUCUCAGUCAGAUUGUUCUCUUCCUCUGUUCAGUUCUUUUCCAUGUGGAGCCGUGAUGCAGACAUAGGUAGACCCAGUCCAUAGGUCCAGAACUGAGAAUGUUCUGCUGUUCUCAGCUCAUUUAGAACCAUGUUCAUCAGUCAGACUGGUUGGAAUCACAGCUGGACUCAUUGGUUCUCUGAUAGGGGCUUUCGACCUGGGUGGAGCCCGUUCGGAGUCGGAGCCGGUGCCCGACUUGGCGCCGGUUUUUUGUCUUUCCACCACCGGAGCUGCGGUUCCGGGCUCCAAAAACUGGGGCUUUUUCGGGCACCAACUCGUUGCUGGGCCAGACUUGGCCAGAGUUGAGAGCCGAGCAUGUCACGGGCAGGGGGCGGGGUGACAUCUAAAAACAUCUAAAAAGAUAAACAUAGAUAUGAUCAUCAACUUAUUGCGCGUGUUUAACCGCUAAGUAAUCAAUGCAAGCGUAGUCGAAGCUAAGUAGCUAAGCUAACGCUAGCACAUUUACUGUUAAGUAUCCAAACGUCUUUGAUAAUUACCUUUCUUCUCAAACGUGAUCGCCGGGCAUUGGAACGGCGACGCCGAUGGGUAACCCCUAACAGAAGGUUUUGCUGUUCAACGCACACUAGCAAAGCCAUGAACACCACUCCAAAGAAGUCCUCUGUUGUUGUGUGGGUUUCCGUACGGCGCGAACGCUGUUGAACGGCUACGUACGCAGUACGUACACACGUUUUGUGGUGGCGCAAUGACGCAGCUCCAACUUUGCUCCUUCCGAAUGGAAACACAAACCCGUUCUGGGGCGGCACGAGAUUUGAACCAAAAAAGCACUGGCUCUCAACUUUGAACCAACCUAGCACCUGGUGCUCUUUGGUCGAAAGCCCCUAUGAGUUUCUACUUUGGAGCUGAGCUUUAGUCUUUAUAAAGUGUUUUUUGUUGUUCAUCGGAGGAGCUCUUCUGCUGUUCUACUGAGGAUUAAACAACACAGUUAUUGAAGGUGAUACAGUUCAGAAUCAGUUGUUGUUUCAGGGUUAUUUCUCAGGUCUGUCCUCUGUUCUGGUUUCUGUCCGGCUGAGCAGCUAAAAGCAAAAACUGAGAUGUAGAUUUGACCAAAAUAAAACUGGAAUACACAGAAAACAGAUAAAUGUGUAAACAGCUGUUAGAGAAAAUCCUCCAUGUGAAGGUUGUUGAUUAAUCAUCGAUCAGCUGCAACAUUCAAACCACCUCACUGAUCACGUCAUCACAGCGUUCUGCUGGAGAAGCUUCAUGUGGAUGGUUCUCCUCCAGCAGAAUAUCAGGCCUUAGAACUACCUGCAGCAUCCUCACAUCCAAAUCUGACCGAGCAUCAACCGGAACCAGUCCGACCCACGGAGGUUCCACCCCACAACCCUCAGAACCCAAAGGAUCCACUGGUUCCAGACACACGGAACUUCCAGAGGUUCUGUGUCCAAACUCUAAUGGGUCGGAGCUGUUCUAGUGGCACCAUGAUAACCUUCCAGAAGAACCUCUUGAGCCCUGUGAAUGUUCCUGCAUCUGUCGGGUUGAAUGUUGCUGCUGAUCGUGCAUAUUAUGGGAUGGAGAACAUGCAAGUCGGUUUAAUUCUUCACGCUCUCAGCUCAUUUCUGGAACCUAAAGACGAACAGACCUGCUGCAUAGUUACCGUUGCUAAGGAAUAAUUGGACAGCGCUGACAAAUCAGAAGCCAGUAACCGUGAGCAUGUUUCUGUCCCACUGAGGAGUCGUUCAUGUGUAAAUAAGAUGUUCUCAUCACUGUAGAACCGAGCCACAGGAACGCUGAUAGAACUGAACGGUUAGCGUCCAGCAGAGGGCGUCAGGAGCACCGCCUCAACCUAAACACUCAGUCUCAAAAUAACGGCUUUUUAUUCUUCUUACUUUCAGUCCAGCUGCCCUCUUAAAGUCUGAUUGGUCAGCUGAUCAGCUAGCUCUCUUCUGAUUGGCUUCUGAAGGUGACCUGUCAUCCGGCUGUCAUUGAUUUGAAUGUAGAAAAUGUAUUUGCUGUUUACGGUUCUUUGUGCUCGUUGUUUCUUUCUGUCCAGACAAAGAAAAGACAGAAGCUGUUUGUUUUGUAAUGCGUGUUUUUUCAGGAACUAAUUUUCGAUAGAUUUUCAGACUUUGGUCCUUAUUAGAAGCCGUUUCUCUUUAAUCUUUGUUCAUAUUUGGCUGAAUAUUGGGCCGCUUGUUGUGUUUUGGUCAGAAAGGCGUCCAGGUGAACCUCCUCUUCCUGUUGACUGUAUUUCAACAUGAAAUAAAACGUCUUUAACCAGUUAAA